AAACAAUAUACAACAAACAUUUUAGUGGUAAUGAUAUUUAAACAAGGCUAAAGGAGUCUGUUUAUUUCCAUUAUUAAUAUUUACUGCAUUCACUGACAAAAAUUGUUGGAAAAAACUAUCAUCUAACUUUAAAAAAUUAACUUUUGGGUGUGUCCGUCUCAUAUCAGUUCAGAUGUUAUCGAAAACAAAUGAUCAUAGUGAUCAUACUGUUAACAAGGUCUCUUUCGGUUAAGGCGUGUUCCAGUCCAGAAAGUGUCUAUUUUAAUUAAUAAAAUUUUUUACUUUUAGUUACUUUGUCAACUUAGGAGUAAGUAUACUUGGAGGUACUAAGUCGUUUGUGUGCUUAAUUUUAUUUAACUGUAUCUCAGCACCAUGUCUGAAUAUUGGCUGAUAUCAGCUCCCGGAGACAAGACUUGCCAACAGACCUGGGAAACUCUCAACAAUGUUACUAGCAAGCAGAAUAGUUUGUCCAUCAAUUACAAAUUUCACAUACCUGAUUUGAAGGUGGGCACAUUGGAUCAGUUAGUGGGAUUAUCUGAUGAUUUGGGAAAAUUGGAUAGUUUUGUUGAUCAAGUUACCCAUAAGGUGGCAUCCUAUUUGGGGGAAGUACUGGAAGACCAACGAGACAAACUGCAAGAGAACUUGAUGGCCAAUAAUGGAGACCUUGCCGUCUACUUAACUCAUUUCCAAUGGGACAUGGCUAAAUAUCCAAUUAAACAGUCGUUGCGUAAUAUAGCUGACAUAAUCAGUAAGCAGGUAGGGCAAAUUGAUGCAGAUCUUAAAACUAAAUCUUCAGUGUACAAUAAUCUUAAGAGCAGCUUACAAAAUAUGGAAAAAAAACAAACUGGCAGUUUGUUAACAAGAAAUUUGGCUGAUCUUGUGCGCAAGGAACAUUUUAUUCAGGAUUCAGAAUAUUUAACUACAUUGCUUGUUGUAGUGCCCAAGUCAGGAUUUUCUGAUUGGAAUCAAAAUUAUGAAAAGUUGACCGAUAUGAUUGUGCCUCGUUCUAGCCAGCUAGUUAGCCAAGACAAUGAUUAUGGGUUAUUCACUGUCACAUUAUUCAAAAAAGUGGCUGAAGAAUUCAAACAUCAUGCCAGGGAGAAAAAGUUUAUUGUACGUGAAUUUACUUACAAUGAAGUUGAACUCGCGGCUGGUAAAAAUGAAAUUUCCAAGUUAGUAACUGACAAGAAAAAGCAAUUUGGUCCGUUGGUACGAUGGUUAAAAGUAAAUUUCAGCGAAUGUUUUUGUGCUUGGAUACACGUGAAAGCUCUUCGGGUAUUUGUUGAAUCUGUAUUAAGAUAUGGCCUGCCUGUUAAUUUUCAAGCUAUGUUAUUGCAUCCUAAUAAAAAGAACACUAAACGGCUAAGAGAUGUUUUGCACCAAUUAUAUGGACAUCUGGACAGUAGUGCUCAACAAGGUGGUGCAUCCGGUGCACAUGAUAGUGUUGAUAUACCUGGACUUGGGUUUGGUCAAGCUGAGUACUUCCCAUACGUUUAUUAUAAAAUAAAUAUAGAUAUGGUUGAUUCAAAAGCGUAAAAUUUAGUAUUGAAUCAAAAUCACCCCAUCGUUUAAUGUUUUAAAUGUAUUUUUUUUUUUUUAAUUUGCACAACAUUGAAAUAACCAUAAUUGAAUCAUUUUGCUGUCGGAAUAUUUGUAAUCAUGUUACAACAUUUUUCAUCCAUUGAUAUCAUUAUUAUAUAAUAAUAUUAGCCUAUCUAUACAUUCCUUUACCAUGCUAUUAAACUUUUAAUUAUUAUUUUUGAAAGCAAUAUUUUCUAAACAUGUUUUAAUACCGUUAUGUUAUUUGUUGUUUUUGAGUUGUUGGAAAAUAAUAUUUUAUUUUAUUGAAUUAAAAAAAAAAUAUAUUAUUUAUUUUAAUAAGUAUAAAUAGGUUGAUAGAACUUAAAUAUUUUAAUUAUUAUACCAUAAAAAUAAAUGUAAUUUGGAAUUGUAUUGUAAA